AUAUAUAAAAAUCGAAUCUAGUGUAUAAUAUAAAAGUUUAUAACUCACGCAAAUUGCAAUUUUUUAUCAUGUAAUUUUAAAUCUAAACUAGUUACUUUUAUCAGUGAUUUUAAAAUUAAUAAUAAUAUAUUAAUACAUGAACUAAUGAGUCGAUGAUUACAACAUAGUACAGAUGAUCAACAUGUGUGUCUGUCAACACCGGCGCCGUAAUUAUCAACCCAGUUUUCGUUUCCUGAGGCAUUUCAAAGCUUCAAUUUUUUCAACCGACCCAGAAAAGGGUUUGGUGAAAGCUUCCAAUGGGGCUCGCACUUCAAGCUCCGAAACUGAAACCCCCUUAAUGCCCAAGAAUGUAAGUUUAAGGCCAAGGUCUUUGGAUGAUGCACUUCACAAACGGAACAGGGACAUAACGAUUCUCGGUCGCCACGGCAAGCUCAAAGAAGCAAAGAAGGUGUUCGACGAAAUGCCUCACCGAGACGACGUUUCUUACAACUCCAUGAUCACCGUGUGUUUGAAGAACAAAGACCUACUUGGAGCCGAAGCAGUGUUCAUGGAAAUGCCGCAAAGAAACAUUGUUGCUGAGUCCGCUAUGAUUGAUGGGUAUACUAAAGUUGGUCUCUUGGAUGAGGCUCGUAGGGUGUUCGAUAGUAUGACUCAGAGGAAUGCAUUCUCCUGGACAAGUUUGGUUUCUGGUUAUUUUAGUUGUGGAAGAAUUGAGGAGGCUUUGCACUUGUUUGAUCAAAUGCCUGGGAGAAAUGUGGUGUCCUGGACUAUAGUGGUUUUGGGUUUUGCUCGCAAUGGGUUGGUGGAUCAUGCUCGGAAAUUUUUUGAUCUCAUGCCCGAAAAGAAUGUCAUAGCUUGGACAGCUAUGGUCAAGGCAUAUCUUGACAAUGGCUGCUUCAGUGAGGCUUAUAAGCUCUUCCUUGAAAUGCCUGAACGAAAUGUUCGUUCUUGGAACAUCAUGAUCUCGGGUUGUCUGAGGGCCAAUAGAGUGAGUGAGGCUAUAGGUUUGUUUGAAUCAAUGCCCGAUAAGAAUCAUGUUUCGUGGACGGCUAUGGUUUCGGGUUUGGCACAAAACAAGAUGAUUGACAUUGCAAGGAAGUAUUUUGAUCUCAUGCCUUAUAAAGAUAUGGCUGCGUGGACUGCAAUGAUCGCUGCAUGUGUUGAUGAGGAGCUCAUGGAAGAAGCUCGCGAGUUUUUCGACCUGAUGCCAGAGAAGAAUGUUGGGUGUUGGAACACAAUCAUUGAUGGCUAUGCAAGGAACGGUGAUGUAGGGGAAGCCUUAAGGCUGUUUGUUUUGAUGCUUAGGUCUUGCUUUAGACCAAAUGAAACCACUAUGACUAGUAUAGUAACUUCUUGUGAUGGCAUGGUGGAGCUCAUGCAAGCUCAUGCAAUGGUCAUACGGCUUGGGUUUGAGCACAACACAUGGCUUACAAAUGCACUUAUUACACUGUAUUCCAAAAGUGGGGAUCUCUGCUCUGCUAGAUUUGUUUUUGAUCUACUAAACUCAAAAGAUGUAGUAUCAUGGACUGCAAUGAUAGUAGCCUACUCAAAUCAUGGACAUGGUCACCAUGCUUUGCAGGUAUUUGCACGCAUGCUAAUAUCAGGAAUUAAGCCAGAUGAGGUCACAUUUGUGGGACUCUUAUCUGCUUGUAGCCAUGUUGGUCUUGUCAACCAAGGGAGAAGAUUGUUUGACUCAAUGAAAGGCACUUAUAAUUUAAAUCCUAAGGCUGUGCACUAUUCCUGCCUUGUAGACAUUCUAGGUAGAGCAGGACUUAUGGAUGAAGCAAUGGAUGUAGUAUCUACUACCCCUCCUUCUGAGAGGGAUGAAGCUGUGUUUGUGGCAUUGCUUGGUGCAUGCAGGGUUCAUGGGGAUGUUGCAAUAGCAAAUUCCAUUGGUGAGAUGCUAUUAGAGCUAGAACCAUCUAGUUCAGGGGGGUAUGUACUACUAGCCAAUACAUAUGCUGCAGAAGGUCAAUGGGAUGAGUUUGCACAAGUAAGGAAAAGAAUGAAAGAGAGAAAAGUGAAGAAAAUUCCGGGAUAUAGUCAAAUACAGAUAAAAGGAAAAAAUCAUGUUUUUGUUGUUGGGGAAAGAUCUCAUUCCCAGAUUGAGGAAAUUUACAGAGUGUUGCAACAGAACCUUCGACCUUUGAUGAGGGAAAUGGAUUCUACACCAGAGAACUUGUUGCUAGUAGAUUAGUUCCCAAUUAAUUAGAGACUAACCGAAGUUACAUAUUACAUUAAAAGUUUAUUCUUUAAUUGUUUGUUAUUAUGAGUGCCCCUGCUUAGUUUCAAACUAUGGUUUGCUAUUUUUUAUCUUUUAUAAAUGACUGAGAGUGUUUAGAACU